AGAUAUGAAGGGAUAUUUGUCAGAGUGUUUAGAAACUCUCUCUGCCUAGGCCCCUCUCUCUCUCUCUCUCUCUCACACACUCUCACAACACUUCCCCACACUCAUAUAAUGAUAUAACACUUGAGAGGACUUUCCCUGUCACGGUCAGCAAGUGGGAAAACAUAUUCCCGGAAAAUCUCUCCAAAUAUUUAAACACAAGCUUUCUACUUCCCUAUAACUCCUCCAUAACUUGCAAUUCCCACGCAUAUAGACCAAAAAAAAAGUUGAGAUUCUUCGGUGAGAAUUGAAAUGCAAGACAUCCAGGCGAUCGGAGGUGGGCGAUUAUUCGGCGGAGGAGACCGGAGGGUUCGUCCAAAUCACCACCACCAACACAACCACCAUCACCACCACACCCAGACCCAGAACCACCAAGCACUCAAGUGCCCACGCUGCGACUCGCUCAACACCAAGUUCUGCUAUUACAAUAACUACAACCUGUCUCAGCCUCGCCACUUCUGCAAGAGCUGCCGCCGCUACUGGACCAAAGGCGGCGUCCUCCGCAACGUCCCCGUCGGCGGUGGCUGCCGCAAAGCCAAGCGGUCCAAACCCAAACCCAAUUCAUCUGAUGCAUCAACUCCUCAGACUCAGCGGCGAGAGCCCAAGUCCAACUCUCAUUCCAGCAGCGAGAGCUCAAGCCUCACCGCCACGACAAACACCGCCACCGAAGCUGUCUCGGCUGUCACAGACCCUUCUCUAAACUCAGCUUCGAACCUGUUGAACGUCCAAGACUCGAAGCUCUUCGUUUCGAGUUCUAGCUAUGAACAGGGUUUGCUGGAACAAGGCUCGGACUGUGGGAUAUUCUCGGAGAUUGGAAGCUUCACGAGCCUUAUUACAGCGCCGUCGAAUGAAACAUUAGCGUUUGGGUUCAAUACUAUGCCGGAUAUCACGACGACGCCGUUUAGGUUGAAUCAUCAUCAGAGUCAGAGUGAAAAUCAAGAGUGGCAGAAUCAUCAUCAUCAGCAGCAGCAGAAAGCGAUGGGUUUGGUUGGCGAUGAAUUGAAGAUGCAGGAGGAGAUCACAGGUGGGCUGCUUGAUCAGACGGUCCAGGUUGAUUUGUCAUCGUUACAGAACAGAUCAAGUGGUGGAGGUUUUGGAUCGUUGGAUUGGCAAGCGAGUACUGGUGAUCAAGUUUUGUUUGAUCUUCCUAACACCGUUGAUCAAGCAUACUGGAGUCAGAGUCAGUGGACUGAUCAGGACCACCCUACUCUCUAUCUCCCGUAAAUCUCUCUCUCUCAGUCUCACUUUUUAACCAUUAAAAUGAGAAAAAAAAAAAAAAAAAAAAACCAAAAAACUC